AGCUACCUGGCCAGGGUAUCUGAAUGUGUCGGUGUGUGCCUAAAAGCUAGUUAUAGUGCGUCGACGCUGGCAAUACCAAUAGCUUUGCUCCCGCUUUUACUCCACCUCAGCGGAACUUGUGCCACGCCGCGCCAAAAAAAAAGAGACGCAUGGCCUCCGCAGCAGCAAGCCGAUCCCGCGCAGGCGCGUUGAAAUCCAACCAUCAGUUCGCUGAACGAACGCGAGAACACACCACCACCACCACCACCGCGACCCCCCACGAAGCUCGCCGACACGAAAAUGUCGAGCUGGCUCUCAUCCUUGGGAGACACGAUAAAAAAUUCGGCCGAGGACCUGACGAGAGGCGUCCAAGGCAAGGAAACGGGACGCGCGGAGAGCGUCGUCGUCACGUUCGAAGGUUCGGCGUUGGGCCUGACGGUGAGCGAUCACGGGGGGGAGGGCGUGCUCUCGGCCCUGGCGCCGGGCGGCGAGGCGGAGCGAUUGGGCCUGAAAUUGGGCGAUAGAGUGGUCGCGGUCGGCGGCGCGCCGACGUUCAAGUAUCCCGACGUGGUCGACGCGAUUCGCUCGCGGCCCGACCGCCCGCUGCAGCUCAACCUCGAACGGCGCUCGGCGUCCGAGGGCCAGCUCGGGCUCGUGACGUUUCGGCUGGACGAGGAGUGCGACAAGGCCCCGGCGCGGCGUCCGUCGACACGCGCGGUCCUCGCUCCCGCGGGCCGGGACCAUCCACGCGACGCACGAGGGCAAUCACACGCAGGCCCAGCGCAUCCUCGCGAAGAUGCUCGAGAGCCCGACGACGGGCCCCCGGAGGGACGUGCUGGCGCGCGCGCGGGGCCUGGCCCUUUUGCGGCGCAUAAAUCAAGCAUGGCCUCCACGCCAUCUUCGUGAUAGCAGCUCGACGACGUGGCGGCGCGGUCUUUCACCGCUCGCUUCGGCCGGCGCGGCCGAGAAAGGACUCGCUGCUCGAUUCGCGCGCAGGCCUUUUUGCGCGUCACGAAGGCGGGAUUCGCCUUCUCCGCGCGGUUCGGCACGGGCCUGGUCGUGGCGCGCCUCCCGCGGGGCGGCUGGUCGGCGCCGUCGGCCAUCGGCACGGUGGGCGCGUCGUUCGGCUUCCAGCUGGGCGCGCAGGUCGCGGACUUUUUGGUCGUGCUCAACACGGAUGCGGCGCUGCGGUGGCGCGGCGGCGUCCGUCUCCGCGGGGAAAAGCGCGCCGCGUCGACGGCGCGGGAGGGGGGCGACGACCACGGCGCAGGUCCUUCUCCGAGGGCGGCGCCGUCUCGCUCGGCGCGCAGCUCGGCGCGGUGGCGGGGCCGAUUGGCGCCUCGCGCGAGGCGUCCGUGGCCGCCCAGCCGUCGGCGGCCGCGCCGGUCUUCACCUACUCCCUCUCGCGCGGCCUCUUUGCCGGCGUGUCCCUCGAGGGCUCCUCGAUCAACGAGCGCAACUCGGUCAACGAGCGCCACUACCAGCGCGUCGGCGUGCGCGCCUCCGAACUGCUCCAGGGCCUCGUGCCACCGCGGCCGGAGGCGCGGGGCCUGCUCUCGGCGCUGGACGCGCUCGACGCGGCCGACGGCGCGGUCGUCUCGCCCCAGCCGGCGCCGCCGGCCUACUCGGACAACAACCCCUUCUCGUAGGCCUGCGCGGUCCCCCCUCGCCCAAGGGAUCGGAACUAGAGGUCGGAACAAGGUGAGAUUUUCUAAUAGCGUAAGGGGGGGGCUGGCCAUCCGGGGGCUGUUGGGUCCCAGGGGCAUCCUAAGUACACGGCGAC